UUGCUGACGGAUCCGAAGGGAAGACUCCAUUCAGUUUUCCCCAGCUCCGAUCACCACCAUCAUCGCCACCGCUCAUGCUCGCCGUCCCCGAUCUCGCGCCGUAGCCACGCUCUCCGCGCGCUUCGUUCGCAGCGAAUGCGGAGCUGAAUCGAACCGCUCCGAACGCCGGCGACGAUGGACAUCGUCUUCGCCCAGAUCCAGGCCGACCUCCGCUCCAACGACGCCCUCCGCCAGUCCGGCGCCCUCCUCCAGGCGCUCCAGCACUCCGCCGCCGGCCGCGACAUCUCCGUCAUCGCCAAGUCCGCCGUCGAGGAGAUCGUCGCCUCCCCGGCCUCCGCCGUGUGCAAGAAGCUCGCCUUCGACCUCAUCCGCUCCACCCGCCUCGCCGCCGACCUCUGGGAGACCGUCUGCACCGGCAUCCGCAGCGACCUCGACUUCCCCGACCCCGACGUCACCGCCGCCGCGCUCUCCAUACUCGCCGCCAUCCCCUCCCACCACCUCUCCAGGCUCAUCACCAGCUCCCACAAGGAGAUCAACGGCUGCUUCGACUCUCCCAGCGACAAUCUCCGCUUCUCCAUCACCGAGACUCUGGGUUGUAUCUUGGCGCGCGAUGAUUUGGUCACGCUGUGCGAGAAUAAUGUCAGCUUGCUCGACAGGGUUUCCAAUUGGUGGGCGCGGAUCGGGCAGAACAUGCUUGACCGGGCCGAUACGGUUUCUAAAGUAGCGUUUGAAUCCGUCGGGAGGCUGUUCCACGAGUUUGAUAAUAAGAGGAUGAGUCGAUUGGCAGGUGAUAAGUUAGUUGAUAGUGAGAACUCGCUGGCAAUUCGGUCGAAUUGGGUAUCUUCUACGGUGGAUUUCGUGUGGAAGAAGCGCAACGCUUUGAUGGCAAGAUCCUUGGUCCUGCCUGUAGAGAGCUUUAGGGCUACAGUCUUCCCUAUAGUGUAUGCUGUCAAGGCGGUGGCUUCUGGUUCAAUCGAGAUCGUGAGGAAGCUUUCGAAGAGUAAUUCAAAUGCAAGCGUGAUUGACUUGAAUAAUGCGGAGAGAUUGGUGGGUGUUUCGGAUGUUGUUUCGCAUCUGGCACCAUUUCUGGCUUCUUCCUUGGAUCCGGCAUUGAUUUACGAGGUUGGUAUUAACAUGUUGUAUCUAGCUGAUGUACCCGGUGGGAAGCCAGAAUGGGCUUCACAAUCAAUUAUCGCAAUCUUGACUCUCUGGGAUAGGCAAGAGUUUUCUUCUGCCAGAGAAAGUAUUGUUAGGGCUGUGGUUACGAAUCUGCACCUUCUCGAUCUUCACAUGCAGGUUUCUCUUUUCAAGAGGCUGCUUCUUAUGGUAAGAAACCUGAGGGCAGAAUCAGACCGCAUGCAUGCCAUGGCCUGUAUCUGUCGAACCGCUCUUUGUGUUGACCUUUUUGCCAAGGAAAGUGUUCGAAGGGGUCAAAAACCUCUAGCUGGAACUGGUAUUGCUUCCCUUUUUGAAGAUGCAAGGAUAAAAGAUGACCUCAAUAGUGUUACUAGUAAAAGCUUAUUGAGGGAGGAACUAGUAGCAUCACUGGUUGAAAGUUGCUUUCAGUUGUCAUUACCUUUGCCUGAACAAAAGAACUCUGGCAUGGAGAGCAGGGUCAUUGGAGCCUUGGCCUAUGGAACUGGUUAUGGUGCACUUAAUUGGACGGAGCCUGCUUUGGAGGUGGUGGAAGUCUGUAGACCUUGCGUCAAGUGGGACUGUGAUGGUCGGACGUAUGCAAUCGACUGCUAUUUGAAAUUGCUUGUUAGACUUUGUUAUAUAUAUGAUACAAGGGGCGGUGUUAAAAGAGUCAAAGAUGGGGCUUCCCAAGACCAAAUUCUAAAUGAGACCAGACUGCAGAAUUUGCAGCGCGAGCUGGUGAAGGACUUGCAUGAGGUGAAUACCCCCAGAAUAUGUGCUCGUGUUAUUUGGGCCAUUGCUGAACACAUAGAUUUGGAAGGUCUGGAUCCACUUUUAGCUGACGAUCCUGAGGAUCCACUUAACAUAAUCAUAUCAAACAUCCACAAGGUCUUGUUCAUGUACAACAUGGAUGCAUCUGGAGAAGCAACAAAUAGACUUCAAGAUGUUCAGGCAGUUCUUUUGUCUGCUCAAAGGUUGGGAUCUCGUAAUGCCAGGGCAGGACAACUACUAAUUAAAGAGCUUGAAGAGUUCAGAAACAAUAGUUUGGCUGAUUCUGUGAACAAGCAUCAAUGCCGCUUGAUAUUACAGAGAAUUAAAUAUGUCACCAGCCAUCCAGACAAUAGGUGGGCUGGAGUUAGUGAAGCCCGAGGUGAUUACCCAUUUAGCCAUCAUAAGCUAACUGUCCAGUUCUAUGAAGCUGCUGCUGCUCAGGACCGAAAGUUAGAAGGAUUAGUUCAUAAGGCUAUCUUGGAACUUUGGAGGCCGCAACCAAGUGAAUUAACCUUACUGCUAACCAAGGGAAUUGACUCGACCUCACUUAAGGUUCCACCGACUGCAAUUACUUUGACUGGAGGCAGUGAUCCUUGCUAUGUGGAAGCAUAUCAUUUGGCAGACUCGGGUGAUGGGAAGAUCACUUUACAUUUAAAGGUGUUGAAUCUAACUGAGCUUGAACUGAACCGGGUUGAUAUUAGGGUUGGACUAUCUGGUGCGCUGUACUAUAUGGAUGGGUCUCCUCAGGCUGUCCGGCAAUUGCGCAACCUUGUUUCACAGGAUCCAGUUCUCUGUAGUGUCACAGUGGGUGUCUCUCAGUUUGAGAGAUGUGCUCUAUGGGUUCAAGUUUUAUACUACCCAUUUUAUGGAAGUGGUGCUGCUGUUGAUUAUGAUGCUGAUUAUGCUGAAGAGGAUCCACAGAGUGUCAGGCAGAGGCGAAGUCUAAGGCCAGAACUAGGCGAACCUGUAAUUUUAAGGUGUCAGCCUUACAAAAUUCCGCUGACAGAGCUUCUAUUGCCUCAUAAAAUUUCACCUGUUGAAUUCUUCCGUCUCUGGCCUAGUUUACCAGCUAUUGUAGAGUUAACUGGUACUUAUACCUACGAGGGAAGUGGAUUUAAAGCAACAGCUGCACAGCAGUAUGGGGCUUCUCCUUUCUUGAGUGGCCUAAAGUCAUUGUCUUCCAAGCCUUUCCACAGAGUUUGCUCACACAUCAUCCGCACAGUGGCAGGCUUUCAGCUUUGCUUCGCUGCAAAAACUUGGUAUGGAGGCUUCUUGGGCAUGAUGAUUUUUGGAGCCAGUGAAGUGAGCAGAAAUGUGGACCUGGGCGAUGAGACAACUACUAUGAUGUGCAAGUUUGUUGUCCGAGCUUCUGAUGCAUCAAUUACGAAGGUCAUAGAGUCAGAUCUUCAGGGCUGGUUGGACGACCUUACUGAUGGGGGUGUUGAGUAUAUGCCUGAAGAUGAAGUGAAAGUGGCUGCUGGUGAGAAGCUUAGGAUCUCAAUGGAAAGGAUAGCUUUGUUGAAGGCAGCCCAGCCUCCUCCCAAGACUCCAAAAUCUGAUGAUGAAGAGGAAGAAGAUGAGGAAGAUGAGGAAGAUGAGGAGGACGAAGAGAAAAGGAAGAAAAAGAAGGAAAAAAAGAAAGAUGGGGAGAAGGAAGAACCUAAGGGACCUGCAACCCUCUCAAAGUUGACGGCGGAGGAAGUCGAGCAUAUGGCUCUUCAAGCAGCUGUUCUACAGGAAUGGCACACGUUGUGUAAAGAUAGAAGCACCAAGGUUAAUUGAUUUGCUUAUCUUAGAAGGUUUUGAUUUUAUUUUUUUCAUAGUAAUCUUAUCCCAACCAUGCAGUGGGUUUUGCAUUGGGGAGAUGACAUGAUUAGAGACAGGUUUACUUUUUUUCUCUGAGUUGGGUGUUUGUGAAAGAGGCGGCGAUUGCUUGGAGGAGGAUUUUGUUGUAUAUCUUUGUAGCAGUACCAUUAGUCUGUUGUUCAUAAAUCCGAUUACCAAUGAACUCGUCAAUUCUUUUGGAGGUUGUCAUCCCGUAGAAGUCCCAGAACAUCUAUGGGGACUCCCUGUGAUAUGAAAAGUUGUGUAUUGUUUUACC